GAGUACUGAAUCACAUGAGUUAUAAUUGGAUUUUUUUAUUGAAGACGGUAGUUCAAGAAAAAUACGUUAGAUGUAGCUAAACAAAGUUUUUAAACAAUUUGUUUGCCGUUUUGAUGCAAUAAAAUAUUUUUACAAUCACAAUAUCAUAUAUUGUAAAAGCAGUAAUAAAAUUCCUUUACCUUAUUUUGAAAGAAACUAAUACUAAAUCGAAAUGUAUUUUAAAAUCAUAGUGUUUAAUUUUUUAUCAGCUACAUGCUUUUGUGUUAAAGUGGACAUGCAAGCAACAGUAAGUCUUGGUAAAGAUGUUAUACAGACAAUAAGUAAAUUUUUAGGCGAUGGCAUCCUUCCGUUAAAUACCAGACGAUUCUUAUCACCUAUGCAAGAGGACAAGAUCACAGAAAUGGUUAAAAUGUCGUUACUAUGCCGCGAUUUAGGCUUUUGUCAAGGUGAACUUCGAAAAUUCAUUGAUGAAUUUGUAAUAAUGCAAGCAAAAGGCAUUGAGAACAUACUUACCACAUUGGUGCCUAAAAUUUUUAAUCGCGACAUCUAUGAUCAGCAGUUAAAACAUAUCUUAGGUCAAGUGAGAUUUAUUUUAAAAGAAGAAAGCUUAUCUGACAAAGACGAAAUUAACAUUUGGUUUGAUACAGUAAAGAAAAUAAGCGCUAAAUUUCAAGAAAUGGCACUGCAAUGUCUUUCACAGUUAAGUAAUAUUGUGUAUGAUAUAGAUAAAACCAUCUAUCAAAAAUUGUUGUUGGCAAAUGUUAUUAUCGAAAUGAAGUACUUAUUAAAAUUAUGUGCUAUCAACAACAUUUGUGUUAAAUCAUACGAAUGCAGCACUAGUUUGAAUUCUUUAUUAGAGCAUUUAAUAACUAUGAAAGACGAAAAGGCCAGGCUUUUUAUCAAGUACGUCUACGAAGCGUUAUAUAAAACACAUUUUUUUAGUUCCUUAACUGAAACGACAGCUCAUGAAUUCCAAGUUAUUCUAAAUGACAUGGCAUAUUCAAGUAACGUACCAACUCAAGAAAUAUUGUCUGUGGUACAAAAAAUUGUUGGAGCUCGCGUAAAAUUUGUCACAGAUAAUACAGACGAAAAACUGUCUCUUGAUAGUCUAUUGCUUCAUGAAAUUUUAUCAGACUUAGAUAAUAUUUAUUGUGGGAAAUCCAAUCCGUUUGCUGAGUUUUUAAAUCAAUUUUUCAUAUGGAUUGUUCGGGAUGGCGAUUUUGGCCUAAGUAAGCAUAUACGGGAACUUUUGACAGAAAUCGGUAAGGACCUGUCAAACACGCCGAAAGAAUUAUUUGAUAAGUUAUCGCGUGAAGUAAGAUUAUUUUUGGAGAUGACUGUGGAUCCGGAAUAAAUAAAAAAGAUAAUAAUAAGUGCGCGCAGAAAUGUUA